UGCUGCGAAGAGCUCCCGAGCGAGCGAGCGAGCAGCUUGCAAUCGUGAAUCGUGGAUUCGGCCAAAGCUCAUGGAUGGGCUUGCACAGAACGUCGCAUCCACCUUCGCACCGUGCGAUCUUGCCCCCGGCCUUCAUUCCGCCCUGCCCCGCCCCGUCCUGCCCCGCCCCGUCCUGCCCCGCCCCUCCUUCGACACGGGGUUUGCGCAAGCACGACACACAUUUGCAAGUGCCCCGAAUAUCCUGCACCUUUUUUGGGGGGGGCCCAGCUGGGCGAGAUUGACGAGGUGCACAGAGGGUCGGCUCGGCUCGGCUCGGAUGCGCUCGAUCGCGGGGUCGAUCAUGGAUCAGCAAGCAUGAAGCAGCGAUAGCGGAUCACUUGGAGUUGCAAUCGUGGUAAUUCCGAGUUCGAGUGGGCCCUCGCAACUUUGCGCCCAUGUGUGGUAUCACUUUGUAUGCUGAGCGAGGUGGGACCUGCAAAGAAGAGGUGCACCAUUCGUCGUCGCCCGAUUGGCUGCAAGCUCUGAGCAGGAGCAACAACAGGCGAGGCCCGGAUAUCGCCUGCUCCUUCAACGUCCUCCUUCCGCCGCAUGCACUACCACCACCAGCAACAGCAACAGCAGCAGCAGCAGCAGCAGCAGCAGCAGCGGUAUCACCAACAUCGCACCGAUCGAGCGAAGCGAACGCGUCGUUGCGCUCCCCUCUGUGCGCGCGAGUCGUCUUAUCAUCCGCCGUCCUAGGCACGCGGGCACCCUUGACACCUCAGCCACUGAUAUCCGAGCGCUUCCUGCUGGCUUGGAAUGGUCAAGUCUGGCAGGGAUUGGAUGCGCUGCGGAACCGAGGCAUGGAGGUGCAAAGAAGAUCAAAGGAUCCUAAUCUGCUGCGUUUGGAUGCCGACAAUGAUGGUGCGGCAUUGUUCUUGGCGCUGCAUGCUGCCCUCGAUUCGCACAGACAUGAGCUUAGACACGAGGUGGAGCGCGAUCAGGCGGCCGGCGGCAAUGUUGGAAACGUGCUUGCGAGCCAACUGUCGAUAUUUGAUGGCCCUUACGCUUUGGUGCUCGUAGACCGCAUACACUCGCAGGUCUACUUUGCCCGCGAUCCUCUAGGUCGCAGAUCGCUCCUCACCAAUCACGCUGUAGCUCUCGACGAAGCUGGCCAGGAAUCUAGGAGCGAUACCGCAGCACCUUUGAUCCUCUGCAACGCAUCUUGCACCGAACUUGCAGCGGCCGGCAUUGGCCUCCAAGAAGUCCCGCCUCAAGCAUUGUGGCAAGUGGAUCUGAGAGACCUGAACGCUAGACCAGUGCAGCACAAGCGCGACUCGAUUAUGACACGCCCGCUCGUCAUCAAAGAGAUGACCAACGACCAGAUGGAGCACCGCUCGUCUGACGAGUCGAGGGAAGCAGCGGUGCGUACUCUGCACAAUGUCCUAAAGGAGGCCGUCCGGCAAAGAGUCGAAUCGAUCCACUGUGCCGCACAAAGUGACGCCCCCGCCCUCGCUUUGCUCUACUCGGGCGGCCUAGACUCGGCCGUGCUGGCCGCACUGACAGAUGUAGUCUAUCCGUCGCACCAACCCAUCGAACUCCUGACCGUCGCCUUUGCCAAUCCCAGAAAGCUCGCGUCGACCCGCUCAAAAUGCGUCACGGAAGGUCAUCAGGCUGAGUCAAGAGCGACUUUUGACACGCCCGAUCGCUUGACUGCGAGGAGAGGAGUGCAAGAGCUGCGCGGGAUCAACCCGCAGCGGGAAUGGAGAUUGAUCGAGAUUGACGUGGAGGCGCAAGAAUACGAAGAUCAUAAGCAAGACGUGAUGCAUCUCAUGUAUCCCAGCAGCAGUGUUAUGGACUUGAGCAUCGCAGCUGCUCUAUACUUUGCUUCGCGUGGCGUCGGCUACUUGCCGAGCGACGGGAGCGAGUCCCCUACCGCGCCCUCGACUGCACGCACUCGCUACAUCAGCCAAGCCAGGGUGCUCCUUUCGGGCUUGGGAGCAGACGAGCAGUUGGGCGGCUAUUCGCGUCACAAAGCCGCUUGGCAAAGGGGCGGUGAAGCGGAACUAGCCAAAGAGAUCCAGUUGGACAUUUCGCGCUUGCCUUCUCGCAAUCUGGGCAGGGACGAUCGAGUUCUCUCUUACUGGGCCAGAGAGGUACGACAUCCCUUUCUCGAUAGAGACGUGAUGCGCUUCUUGUGCUCGCUGCCGCUGCAAGAUAAGAUGGACCUGGCUGCGCCCGCUGGAGUGGGCGACAAGCGCAUCUUGCGAGCCGUGGCCAAAAGUCUGGGCUUGCGCUGCGCUUCGCGCGAAGUCAAACGAGCGAUACAGUUCGGAGCUCGCAGCGCAAAGAUGGGACUGCAGGAUGGACGUAUCAAAGGCCACGAAUUGCUCGCAGGCACAUCGUGAAGAGGCAAAUCUGAUGCGCUCAACCUGUUUGGUGCUCAGUAUUGCAUUGCUUUGCCAGCACGGAUGAUUCAAGAGACGAGAGAAGGGAAG